AUGCCCGGCACAGUCACCAGGACGCCCGCAAAGCGCGCUCUCGCUGACGCCACGAGCAAUGGAGCCAAUGUUCAGGCAUCCCCCCGCUCUUCAAAGAAGCUGAAGUUCGAAGACGGCAAGAAGAAGAAUGCACCACCAGUGAAGCACGUCAAUGGCUCUUUCAAUUCGAGCCAGCCGGCGCCGAGCCAGUUCGAAGAGACGCUUGAGCAGAUGACACAGGACAUCGAGACGCUGAAGGGGAACAACACAGAGAAAGACCAGCAAUGGCAGCGGCCAGCACUAGCACACGACUUCAACGAGUUGACCCAGAAUCUCGUCUUUCAACAGAUUGAAGCAGAAGAGGGAGUCUUGAAUGGCGGAAGGACCACGGUCAAGCUCUUUGGCGUCACAGAGAACGGAAACUCUGUACUAGUCCACGUGACAGGCUUCAUGCACUACUUCUACGUCGCCGCGCCGAUAGGCUUCCAACCGCAAGACUGCGAUGCUUACAAGAUCUACCUCGAAAGCGAAUGCCAGAAACAGCUAAACCAGCACUCAGCCGUCAUUUACUCGGUGCAGAUGACGAUGAGGGAGAACAUCUUGAGGUACCAGGGCAACCAGAAGAGUCCAUACUUGAAGAUCACCGUCAUCGACCCGAAAAUGAUCAACCGCGUAAGGACCAUGGUCUCAAAAGGCUUCGCCAAUUGGAAACGGUUAUGGCCAUCUGGGCACGACGAAAUUCUCACAUUCGACAACAUCACAUACGUGCUAAGGUUUAUGAUUGAUACCAAAAUGGCUGGUAUGUCUUGGGUCGAGGUCCCAGCUGGCAAAUACAAGAUGCUCAACCCGCGCGACCGUCACUCGAACUGCCAAAUCGAGGCGCAAUUACACUACAGCGACCUAAUAGCACAUUUGUCCGAGGGCGAGUGGUCUAAGAUCGCCCCUCUUCGCAUCCUCUCCUUCGAUAUCGAGUGCGCUGGUCGCAAAGGUAUCUUUCCAGAGCCGAACGUCGACCCCGUCAUCCAAAUCGCCAACGUCGUCACAAGAUCUGGUGAAUCCAAGCCGUUUGUACGCAAUGUCUUCUGCAUGGAUACAGUCAGCCCUAUCGUGGCCACACAGAUCUUAUCGUUCAGCAACGAGGGUGAGAUGCUUAUGAAGUGGCGUGACUUCUUGGAGGAAGUCGACCCGGAUGUCAUUAUUGGUUACAAUACCUCGAACUUCGAUUUCCCUUACCUUUUAGACCGCGCGAAACAUCUCAAGCUGCCCAAGUUCCCAUAUUGGUCCCGUCUGAAGUCGGUACAGACCAAGGUGCAAACCUCGAAUUUCUCGAGCAAGCAACUCGGCAACCGCGACACCAAGACUGCCAACACCAAUGGACGUCUACAGCUUGAUUUGCUGCAACUCAUCCAGCGCGAUCAUCAACUUCGUAGCUACACCCUUAACUCUGUUUGCGCGCAUUUCCUGAAGGAGCAGAAAGAGGACGUACAUCACAGCAUGAUCACAGAGCUCUACAAUGGCGACUCGAAUUCCCGGAGACGUUUGGCAGUCUACUGCUUAAAAGAUGCCUACUUGCCGCAGCGGUUACUGGACAAGCUCAUGUGUCUCGUCAAUUAUACCGAAAUGGCCAGGGUCACAGGUGUACCCUUCAACUAUAUUCUAGCACGUGGACAGCAAAUCAGGUUCGUCAGCCAGCUGUUUCGAAAAGCUCUCGACCAUCAACUCAUCGUUCCGGACCUUCCCAAUCAAGGUGACAACGGUGAUCAGUACGAAGGUGCCACAGUCAUUGAGCCGAAGCGAGGGUACUACAAGCAGCCGGUCGCUACUCUCGAUUUUGCAUCUCUGUAUCCCAGUAUCAUGCAGGCGCAUAACUUAUGUUACACCACCUGGCUGGAUCGACAGACAGUAGAGAAGCUGAAGAUGAAGAAAGACGAGGAUUACAUCGUAACACCAAACGGCGAUAUGUUCUGCACCGCGAAGACUCGGAAAGGUCUUCUAUCUCAAAUUCUGGAAGAAUUGCUGGGUGCGCGUAAAAGGGCGAAGAAAGAGCUAGCAGUUGAGACAGACCCCUUCAAGAAGGCUGUGUUGAAUGGUCGUCAAUUGGCAUUGAAGGUUACCGCAAACUCCGUCUACGGUCUCACUGGUGCUACGAAUGGCAAGCUGCCCUGUCUUGCGAUCGCCAGUAGUACUACGAGUAUCGGUCGUCAAAUGAUUGAAAAGACCAAGGCUGAAGUCGAGGCCAAGUACAACAUCGCCAAUGGAUACAGUCAUGACGCCGAGGUCAUCUACGGUGAUACCGACUCCGUCAUGGUCAAGUUUGGUACAUCUGAGCUGGCAGAGGCAAUGAAGUUAGGCGAGGAGGCCGCCCAAUAUGUGUCGUCGAAGUUCGUCAAGCCUAUCAAACUAGAGUUUGAAAAGGUCUACUUCCCAUAUCUACUGAUCAACAAGAAGCGUUAUGCUGGUUUGUACUGGACAAAUCCAGUCAAAUGGGACAAGAUGGACACGAAGGGUAUCGAGACAGUACGUCGAGACAAUUGUCGUCUUGUUGUGAACGUUAUCGACACGUCGUUGCGCAUGUUGUUGAUCGAUCAGGACCCAGAAGGCGCGCAAGAGUUCGUCAAGGAGACGAUUGCGGAUCUUUUGCAGAACAAAAUCGAUCUUUCAAAUCUCGUCAUUACCAAGGCUCUUACCAAACAAGAGAACAAGGAUGGUACCGGUGGUUAUGCCAAUAAACAGGCUCACGUUGAGUUAGCAGAACGCAUGAAAAAACGAGAUGCAGGUUCUGCACCUGCUCUGGGUGAUCGUGUGGCAUACGUCAUGAUCAAGAGUGCAAGCGGUGCCAGAAAUUUUGAGAAGUCAGAAGAUCCUCUCUACGUCUUGGAAAACAACAUACCCAUCGACACCAAGUACUACCUUGAUAACCAACUCGCGAAGCCACUUGGCAGGAUCUUCGAGCCUAUCCUCGGCGAAAAGAAAGCAAAUUCGUUGCUUACCGGCGAGCAUACGCGGUCCAUCACCGUCGCGGCGCCAACCAUGGGUGGGCUCAUGAAGUUCACGAAGAAGACGUCAACCUGUAUGGGCUGCAAGAAACCUCUCACUGGUGUGCAUGAGAAGGAUGGAGCUGUGUGCGAAAAUUGCCGCCCAAGGCUCGGUGAGCUGUACACCAAGACGCUCAGCAAAGUCAGUGAACUCGAAGUUCGCUUCUCACGACUCUGGACACAAUGCCAGCGCUGCCAGGGCAGUGUGCAUUGCGAAGUCAUUUGCGAAUCGAGAGAUUGUCCGAUUUUCUACAUGCGCAUGAAGGCGAGGAAGGAUGUUGAAGAUGCAGGAAAAGAGCUGGUGCGCUUCGACAAGGAUGCUGCACUUUGGUAG